UGCUUUCGAUUUAGAUAAGUCAGAACUUGAGGCGCGUGAAGACGAGCUGUGUUGUGAACAAUUCCAGGAAUUAAAGAAAGACAUUAUUCUUUCCAUCAUGAAAGCAGCAUUUGUUGCCCUGCUGUUUGCCUUUAUUGCCGUUGUGGCACAGGGGAAAACAUCCCCUCCAAAGGUGCAGGUUUAUAGCCGUAACCCUGGCAAGCUGGAUGAUGACAAACAAAACACCCUGAUUUGCCAUGUCAGUGGCUUCCACCCUCCUGACAUCACCAUCACCCUUAAGAAGAAUGGGGUCGAGAUUCCAGGAGCCCAGCAAACUGACCUGGCCUUUGAGUCAGGCUGGCAGUUCCACCUCACCAAGUAUGUUCCCUUUCAGCCAAAGAAAGGGGAAUCAUACACCUGCGAGGUCAGGCACAUGACUAGCACCAAGCCAUACACCUGGGAGCCUGACAUGUGAGCUGUGAAAAAGGCUACACACUGACUCUUGUCUAUUGGGAUUCUGCAUUUUGAUAUUUCCUUGGAUACAAUACAAUCAUCUUUUCUUGUAUCAAGCAUGGACUUCUCAAUCUCCACCCAUACCUACAGAAGAAAACAGUGCUACUUUUAAGGAAAUAUGCUUUUUCUUCUCAUAAAUUCUUUUCAGGAAACUUUGCCUGCACUCCAGACAAUCAGUAUAGUUUGGUCAUUACUGAACCUUUUAAUUCAAGAUAUGGUUUUUCAAACUCAGUUUUUUUUUCCCGCAGCUUGUACCACCAUUGUUUUAAGUGUACAGUUAUUGGCAAACGUUUCGAUUUCUUUUAUAGCUUAGUGUUGGACAUUCCAUGACUUUAUAUUUAAUUUUGUCUGUUUUAUAGCGAAAACCUACUGAAAGCACAUUCCCUGAUUGGUAUAUUACAGUGGUCAAUGCAAAAUCUCUCUAAAUUAGUUCAGUUCAAUUAAGUGCUUAAGACAAAGUAAGUAGACGAAAGGAAGACAAAAAAACAAAGGAAGUACUAUUUUGGUUUUGAUGACUGACUGUAUUAUUAUGCACAUAAUUAUUGUGUGAACUGCAAUAAAAUGUUUCUUCCUUUUUAA